AUGUUUUACGAUUUAUAUUACACUGUACAAGAGAUUGAGGUGAAGUUGUGGGAUGCAGCCAGAUUGAAGAUAAGACUCCAAAACGCUUUUGACGCCGCCGACUUUCCUUACUGCUUCACUUUUUUAUUUUAA